AUGGACAAACCAACGCCACUCAUCAACUCUUCCAUGCUCAGUCAGUACUCGGGUCAGACGGUACGAAUCGUCGGCAAAGUGCAAAAGAUCACGGGCAACACGCUGCUCAUCACCAGCUCGGAUCAGGGCAACGUCGAGAUCGUGCUUAACCCGGACUCGGAUAUCAGCGGGAGCAGCUUCGUCGAGGUCACGGGCAAAGUCAGCGAGGGUGGCUCGAGCCUGGAUGGGAAUCAGAUCCGAGAGUUUACUACGGUCGAUUGCGGUGAUGGUGUCGAUCUGACACUGGUUGAGAACGUCGUUCAGAUCUCGGCUGCUUUCCCCGCCCUGUUCUCCGACUCGGCUUGA